UACUGUUGGCGGAUUUGACACGAGUAAACAACUGCAUGAACUUCUAACGGAACCGGGGAAACGCCGGGACGACAGCAAGGAAUGUGACAAGCGUCGAAACACCUUGGCUAAGUGAUUAAGUUGUUAUGAUUAACAUUGGUUACCAAGUUAAGUUUGUGAGAAGAACAAGAAAAGGCAUUUACAGGGAGAUUCCACUUUCUUUUAUUGUGCGUCAUGAUUUCCAAACACAGGCCGCCGCUGAGGGACACCGGGGUAGAAAAGUUUUGGACCGUCGUUAAAACUAAUGGGAGUUGUAGGGAAACGGAAUAACGUUCCAAGCGAGGACAUGAAUUUUGGCGUCCCCGCAAAUUCGCUGCUACUUUUCCGUGCCUGUGAUGAAGGGGACUAUGAAACGGCCCGGGCUAUCCUUGAGCCAGGGGCCCCGAAGGAGUCUGGGAGGCAGAGCAGGCUGCGGUCAGAAGCGGGGUCGGAGUGCAACGCCGCGGACAUCUUGUCUCUGGUCCCGGUGGACUGCACCGACGAGGAGGGGAACACCGCCUUGCAGUUCGCCGCGGCCAGCGGCCACGAGAACCUGGUCCGGUUUUUGCUCCGGAAGGGCGCCUCGGUGGACAGCCGGAACAACUACGGCUGGACCCCGCUGAUGCAGGCUGCUAGGUUUGGCCACUUGACUGUUGCCCACAUCCUCUUGGAGAACGGGGCAGAGAUUAAUGGACGUAACCGUUUGGGUGCUAGUGUCCUGACUAUGGCGGCCCGUGGGGGACACACCCAUGUGGUCAAGCUCCUCCUGGAGAGUGGGGCCUACGUCGAUGACUAUGAUCACCUAGCUGUUACCACUGAGGCAGUGUCCAAUGGCAACAACAACAACAGCUGCAGUGCGACAGGUUUUGGAGGCAGUGAAGGCUGUGUGAGCAGUGGACUGGGGGGCUGUGGAGGAGGAGGCGGCGGCAGAGAGUUCAUGGACAUCACAGCCCUGCUGGUGGCCUCACAGCAUGGCCACGAGGCUGUGGUGCGACUGCUGCUGGAGUGGGGCUCCGAUGUCAAUUUCUCUCAGAAAACCACCGGCUGGGGAGCACUGAUGCUGGCCACGCUCAGUGGGAAGGUGGGCGUGGCUCAGCAGCUGGUGGAGCGUGGAGCCGAUCCGGAUCGGGUCAAUGUUUUGUCCAAGACAGCCUUUGAACUGUCUCUGCAGCUCAAACAGAGAGACAUCAAGGCCUACCUGGACUCCAUCACUACUGUACGACCUCAGACAGAUGAUGAGAAAAGAAGACCAGAUGUGUUCAGUGCCCUCAAGUUGGGAAACUCCCAGCUUGUCAAAGAGAUCUUGGAGGAGGACCCCGCUCAGGUGAAUUUGUCCAAUCAGGAGGGAGCGUCGCCUCUCAUGAUGGCAGCAGUAAGUGGCCAGUUGGAGGUGGUGCAGCUGAUGGUGGAGAAGAAUGCUGAUAUUGACAAACAAGAUGGCGUCCAUGGGUGGACCGCUCUAAUGCAGGCUACCUACCACGGUAAUAAAGAUGUUGUUAAGUACCUGUUGAAUCAGGGGGCAGAUGUCAACCUGCGAGCCAAGAAUGGAUACACAGCCUUUGAUUUGGUCAUGCUGUUGAACGACCCAGAUACAGAGUUGGUGCGUCUGUUGGCGUCGGUGUGUAUGCAGGUGGACAAGGAGAAGUCAAAACACCGCAGCAGGGCUUCCAUGACUUCCAAAAGCCGGCACACCCUCAACAACGUCCCUGUGCCGCCUGAUGACAGGGGAGGCCUUAAGUCCUGGUGGAACAGGAUGUCCAAUCGGUUCCGGCGGCUCAAGUUGACUCACACACUGAGGCACGGCCUUUCAUCCAAUCGCCUGGCUCCUUUCCCCGACGAUGCCGAGGCUUCACUGGAUGCCACAAUGAAGGCUGACAGGAAGUCGGCUCAUGGGGCAAACGGGGCGCUGGGCCCUACUCCUGCUGUGGGAGGAAAUGACAUCAGCACCGCCUGGGCAGUGAAGACAAAAGAUACUGGUCUUGGCAGGGCAGGCUCAGAGAAGGAGGACUUUCUAAUAACCACAAUGCUGAGAAAUGGGGCUCCCCUGACCCGGCUGCCCAAUGACAAGUUGAAAGCGGUCAUCCCUCCCUUCCUGCCUCCAUCCAGCUUUGAGCCGUGGAACUCUGACCGCUCACGCCUCCUUAAAGAUGGCAAGAGUGAAGCACCCCGCCUGCCCAUGCCCCCUCAGAGGAAGCUCAACAGCAGCGGAAACUCUGAUAUUACGUCUAUCAGCCGUGUGGUGAGCAGGUCCAUUAAGUUUCCCAGCAUCCCCAAAGGGCCCUCCUCCUCCUCCCCCUCCAACUCGGGACACUACCACUCCCCUCACUCCUCUGGAGGCUCCAACGGGGUGGCAGGGCUCAACCGGGACUCUCACAACCGCUCAGGUGGCAGCGCAGACAGCGUCCUAUCUCAGAUCGCAGCCCAAAGGAAGAGAGCUGCAGGCCUCAUAGAUGUGAAGGCCCAGACUCCAGAGAAGCAGCCCAGUCAGAUGCAGAGCCAAGCCCAGCUCCCUGCCUCGGUGUCCAGCCUGCCGCUGCCUGACAUCAGCCUCCCUGACAUCCACUCGCAUCCGAGCCUGGUGGCCUCUGACGUCCACUCUAGACGGAAGAUGGAGCUGAAGAAGAGACCUCAGUCAGGAAACUCCUCCACCUCCAAGAGCACCUCACCCACCCUCACCCCAUCUCCUUCCCCGACGCCCAAGCCCCCUCCUGGGCCGGGAGACUCUCUGUCCUCGGCAUCCUCCCACCCUCGCUCCAAGAGCAGCGGGGGCUCCAGCAGUGGAACCAUCACUGACGAAGAUGAGCUGUCCAGUAUCCUGAAGAAGCUGUCCCUGGAGAAAUACCAGCCCAUAUUUGAGGAACAGGAGGUGGACAUGGAGGCGUUCCUCACUCUAACAGAUGGAGACUUGAAGGAGCUGGGCAUUAAAACUGAUGGACCCAGACAACAAAUUUUGGCUGCCAUAUCAGAGCUCAAUGCUGGGAAGGGUCGGGAAAGACAGAUCCUUCAGGAGACCAUCCAUAACUUCCAGUCCUCCUUCGGUAGCAGCGCCAGUAAUCCAAGACAACCGGGACAACCACGCUCUCCAACAGGCUGGACAAGACACCAAGUUCGUUCAUCAAACAAGAGCCAAGGUGCGAGCCAUGCGGAGUGUCCUGACACCAGCGUCCCAGAGCACUAGAGGUGUUAGUGCAGGAGGACACUGCAGCAAAAAGGACCGAUCAGGCCCUGAGAAACCUCCUUCAUCGGACCCCCAGGAUAAAAGUGUGUGGCUUGCUUCCUCACAAGAAAUUGCAAAGGAAGGGAGGUUGUACACAGGGCUUGUUGAGUCUAGUGCCCUGCCGCUGUUUGACAAAGCACAGAAGAAUGUGCAGCGAAUUAUAUUCUUUGCCAUAGCGAUAGGGUUGCCACACCUGCAGCAAAUAGAAAUGUUGAGAACAGAGAGCAGGGAAGACAAGAAGAUGAAAACCAUGUCAGAGGCAGAGUGAGUGUGAACCGAGAGAAAGACAUUUUUAACUGUAUGAAUGUGAGAGAUACAGUGUAUGUAUUUUUUGAGUUGAAAGUUGAAAGACGGAAUGUGAAAUAGCUUAUAAAUGACACGUCAUCAAUAAGACGGACUAAGACUGGAGAGAUUUGAGUGACCAGCAAAAGGAUGCACUGAUGAGGAAAGUAACUGGAGAAAGAUAGGGAGAGUUUUGCCAGACUGUUUUGUUGCCAUGCAGUUUUUUGACUGUUUUUACCAAUGUGUUUACGUCUAAGUUUAAAAAUCAAUAUUUAAACAGAUGAUUUUUAGUCAGAGUUACGGCUGUGCUGUCAUGAAUAAAUAAACAUUGAUGAUGCAAUGUGUAAAUGUUUUUUUAUUUAAAUCUUUUAAAAAUGUUAUUGGAUUUAAGAUGAGAAGACAUUGGAAAAAAACAUUUUGGGAGUGUUUUAUGAACAGUAUAAAUUUAGC